AUGUAGGAUGCUUAAGACAAAUUAGAAUUAUAUUAGAAAUUCUUGAAGUAUCCUCCAUUUUAUACGUAAUUUUAUUUUCAACAAUAUUUAGUUUAUAAGACCAUAAAGAGACAAGAAAAAAAUAAAUCACAUAAUGGAGUGAAAUUGUGCAUCUAUACUUUUAAUCUCAUAAAAUUUUGCAAUCUUCAUUAAGCUAAAUGUUAACUAUUCCUAUAUUUUCCGAUUCAUCAUCUGGGGUUUUAAGAAAGUUAGAUGCUUCGGAAAUUAAAGAAAUCCUUGAUCAAAUGGCACAAUUAGGAUCUAUUGAAUGGAAAAAUGAUUAAAAUUUCAGUGUUAAUUUAGUCAGUCCUUUUGAAUUAGCUGAUGCUAUAUAUGCUUGGGCUAAAGAGAAAAAAUUAAUUGGUUACACUGAAACUUUAAAAGGUAUUACUGAAGGAAACCAGACAGAUUAAACUAAAAGUAUAAUUACAACAUUUAAUAUAGAAUUCUAUGAUUUACCAUAAGAAUAAAUUCUGAAAGCAUGCUUAAUUUUAGAAGAGACUGGAAGAUGUUAAGUCUAUGAAUUUGACGGUUUAUACAGUAUCAAAUUUAUUUGAUCCUAUCAAUUUUUUAUUAA